CAACUAAUUGCGACGACUCCGCAAUUUCUAGGGCUUCAAGUCUCUUUCGCUUCCAAAACCCUCGUUUCCCCAGAACGCUGUCUUUCUCUCCCCCAAAUCCAAUCUCUCUCUCGAUUGAGGUCCUUUGACCUAUUGCCUUUGCUAGGAUUUCGCUGCCGCGUCCGCAGUGCUUGGCUUCCCACUCCGCCAAUCUCGACAGAGAUGGUCAUGGGCUCGGGUGUCGACGGCGGAGGUCAGGUUGUCCCCUUGCGCAUCCAGAAGACCAUCCAAUCCAUCAAAGAGAUCGUCGGGAACCACUCCGACGCCGAUAUCUACGCCGUGCUCAAGGAGACCAACAUGGAUCCCAACGAAACCGCUCAGAAAUUGCUCAACCAAGAUCCAUUUCAUGAGGUAAAAAGGAAAAGGGACAGGAAGAAAGAGCCUACAGGUUACAGGGGCUUAGCUGAUACAAGAAGGCAUGUGGAACCUAAUGUACAGUGGGCGAAACCUCUUACAUCAUGGGAUCAAAAUAUGCACAAAGGAGAUUAUACUCGAAAUUCAGUUCCUAGAAUCAGCAGACAAUUUCGUAUUGUGAGAGACAACAGAGUAAAUCAAAAUGCAAAAGAGGAUGUCAAGCAAGAAACACUUCAUCAAACUUCUUCAUACAUUCAUAAGAAGAGCACUGCCCGAGAUCCAUCUGAUGAAGAGCUGUCUGUAGCCUCAAAUUUAGACGGAUACUUUCUAUCAGCAGAUUCAAGCAAGUCUAUUGUUGUAUCUCAUAAUGCCAAAGAUGCAGGCCCAAGUGGCAGUCAGAGACCAUUUCUGCAUGAAGAUACAAAGGCAACUGUCUCUUCAUCAAAAGCACAGGAUUUACAAAAUAGUUCUCAUGCUCAUUCUAAAGUGGCAUCAGGCAAUUCUAUUAUAGGUGUGUACUCUUCAUCUCUAGACCCAGUUCAUGUACCAUCUGCUGACUCCAGAUCAGCUGGAAUAGUUGGGGCUAUUCGGCGUGACAUAGGAGCUGUUGGUGCUCAGAGACGGUCUUCUGAUCGUCGGGUUUCUCAGUCAUCAGUUUCUAAUCUCUCUUCAAAUCCUCCAUUGGGAAAAGAUGUUUCUCCACAGACAGAACCAUCUGGUCAUCUAAAUGCCACAUCUAAGAGCAAUCAUCUAAACCAAGGAUCUGCCCUGGUGCGUAAUUUGCCUAGCACAUCCAUGAGCAGAUCAGUUCUGAGUGGCCAACACAAUAGCAAGCAACACCAACAGUUUAUGGGUAAUCAGAAAGCCAUGCAGACCAACAUGGAAUGGAAGCCAAAAUCUACUCAGAAACCCAAUAUUGCCAUACCAGGUGUGGUUGUAUCUGAUUCAGUCUCUCCAUCUUCUGCUGAUAAUUUGUGUAUCACCAAGCUGGUAGAUGCUACUGAACUGUCUGAGAAAUUGUCAAAAGCUAGUAUAUCAGAAAAUCAACACGUGAUCAUACCUCAACAUCUUCAAGUGCCAGAGUCGGAGCGUACAUGCUUGACUUUUGGCAGUUUUGAGGCAGGUUUUGACUCAAAAGGAAUUAUAACUGCUAAUCAACAAUCUCAAAGUGCAGAUGAGUUCACUGAUGAACCUUCUGUAAGUGCAUCAGCUUCAGUUCCGGUUGUCUCUACCGUGGAUGUCUUUGCUGCUGGCCAUAAGGAUACUUUGGUAGUCCAAGGUAGAACCCCUCAAUCUGACUACCCUGCACCGGUUUCAGAGUCUGAGGAACUACCAACUGCAACUGAUGAUUCGCAAAGUUCUCAAAAUAUUGGUAGUUAUGCAGAUAUUGGGUUGGUCCAAAGUAGCAGUCCUCCUUACAGUUCAAAAGAACAGCAGUUGCAAAAUCCACAAAGCUUGUCGAGCUUCUCGGCAUAUAACAACCAAAAUGGUUAUGAUGUCCCAUUUUUUAGAACUGUGUUGGAAGACAAUGUACAUACACAAGACUUAACUUCGGCAUCUGAGGCCCUGAACUCACUUGCUUCCAGCUUCAGCCCUUUAUCCUCCAAUGGUAUCACACAACAGCAACAACUAGCUCAUCAGCCUCAGCAGUCACUUCCGCAGAUGUAUCCACAAGUUCACAUCCCACAUUAUCCAAAUUUUGUACCUUAUCGUCACAUCUUUUCUCCAGUUUACGUCCCACCGAUUGCGUUGCCGAACUACUCUAGCAAUCCUGCAUAUCCUCACCCUUCAAAUGGGAACAACUAUCUUAUGAUGCCAGGCGGAAGCUCGCAGAUACCUGCUGCCAGUAUGAAGUAUGCAGCUGCACAGUAUAAACCAGUACCUGGUGGUAGCCCUACAGCAUAUGCAAGCUACAAUAAUUCAGCUGGAUUCACCAUUAGUCCCCCUGGUGCUGUUGGCAGUACAGCAGGCCCUGAUGACAUCACUAGAAUCAAGUAUAAAGACCACGGUCUCUAUAUGCCAAAUCAACAGGCGGAGACAUCGGACAUCUGGAUUCAGACACAAAGAGAGCAUCCAAGCUUGCAGUCAGCACCAUAUUACAACUUAUCAGGGCAAGCACCACAUGCAGCAUUUUUGCCCCCACAUGCUGGUCAUGGUUCUUUCGGUCCUGCAGCACAGAUUUCACAUGUGCAGUACCCUGGUUUGUACCAUCCCAGUCAACCAGCCUCCAUGGCGUCCCCACAUCAGUUGGUACAUCAUAAUGUGGCACCAGCCAUCGGUGGAGGUGUUGGGGUUGGGGUGGCGGCGCCGGGGCCAGGGCCAGGGCCACAGGUUGGAACCUAUCAGCAGCCCCAGGUUGGUCACCUAAACUGGACGGCCAACUUUUGAUGAUGCAUCGUUUGUCUGGGUUAGGGAAUAGUGUUGCGUAUGCAAAAGUGCCAUAUUGUAGUUUGUUAUUGGACGCACGUUUUUCCUUUGGUGAAAUGACUAGUUAAAGUCUAUCUUAAGUUAA